UGGUGACUAAUUGGUCGCGAAGGAACACAAAAAUGGCGGUGGACGCCAAUUUGAGCAAAGAGUCCAACAACUGUAGUAACUUCUAGAGGCGUUUCUAAUACGAGAAACUAUGAGUGUAAUGAGACAGGUUGGGCUUCUGGCAGCUGGCUGUCAGCCGUGGAAUCUUGAUGUAUGCUCAACUAGUAGUACUGGAGAACGGUUCGCUUACUGUGCCACWCUUGCUAUCUACAUUUAUGAGGUGGACAAAAGCUUUGGUGUUUAUAAGUURAUAAGUAUAAUGUCAGAACACAAGAAAACUAUCACAUCUCUGCGUUGGCAUCCAACUGAAUCCGACAUCAUUGCAAGUGCAAGUGCUGAUUGCAGCAUAAUUAUCUGGAAUGUCUUGGAACAGAAGACCAUAGCUAUUCUUGAUAAUAUCAAAAAUGUCCCAUCCUGCAUUGGUUGGAUGCCAUUUGAGGCCAGUUCAAUUGCCUACAUCUAUGGGCGUGGUCCUCUCUAUAUGUGGAACUAUGCCCCYGACGGRGGAGGAACUGUUUCAAAACAAUUUGAGUCAAUUUCAUUCUUCUCAGACAUMUGUCAGUUUCGUUGGAAUGUUAAGAAAGUUGGUAAAAUUGUAUUUGGUCAUGCUGACGGCAGCUUGUCAGUGUUGUCACCAGGUGCUCGGCCAUCAAAACAUUGUUUAAGACCUGAUGUAGCAAAUGAAAAUGACGAAGAUGAUCCAGUGACGGCAGUUGAAUGGGAUCCAUUAUCAGUAGAUUAUAUUCUUGUGUCCAAUGCAUACUGUGGUGUUAGAAUGAUUGACACUAGUUCUAUGACUGUAAUUAUGAAUUUUAAGCUUGCRAGCCGUACAGCAAAGGUUCACACCCUGGCCUGGAUCCCGACAGCCUCUGGCAUGUUUGUUACUGGUGACACUCAAUUGGGAGCRCUAAGAAUAUGGAAUGUUUCUAAGUCAACACCAAUAGGGAGYAUCAAACUAAAAAAGACUGGMUUUCAYGCUCUGACAGUAAUAACUUGUGACAACACUACAGCAUCAACAACCAAUGGUUAUUCUCAAGGGCCAAUGUCAUCAACAUCAUCAGCUGCCGCACCGCCAUCAUCUCCAUCAUCUGGUGACAUMCAGCUCCCCCCUGCUCAAAUACUUUGUACAUUUUUAGAUGGUGGAGUUGGUUUAUAUGAUCUUGGCAAGAGAAAGUGGAGUUUCUUACGUGAUAUGGGACACAUAGAAACCAUAUUUGACUGUAAAUUUAAGCCAGAGGACCCAGAUUUAUUAGCUACRGCGUCAUUUGAUGGAACCAUCAAGAUAUGGAAUGUCAACACCAUGUCUGCUGUUGAUACCUCUCCAGGGAAUGAAGGAAUYAUUUAUGCAUUGUCAUGGGCUCCAGGUGAUCUAAAUUGCAUAGCUGGUGGGACAGCCAAAAAUGGAGUGUUUAUCUGGGAUAUAGGAGGAAAGAAAAUCAUCAAGAAAUUUACAGAGCAUGGUAAGAAUAGUGUUUUCAAUGUAAGCUGGAAUCACAAGGAUCCACAAAGAAUAGCGUCCUGUGGUGCAGAUAAUCACUGUGUGGUAAGAAGAGUUGACGGUACUUUAAUCAAGAAGUACAGACAUCCUGGUGCUGUGUAUGGAUGUGACUGGAGUCUAAACAACAGAGACAUGCUAGCAACUGGGUGUGAAGACAGGAAUGUCCGUGUGUAUUAUGUUCCUGCCAAUACAGACAUGCCAUUGAAGGUUUUUUCAGGGCAUACAGCCAAAGUUUUCCAUGUUAAAUGGAGCCCAUUGAGAGAAGGAAUGUURUGCUCAGGCUCUGACGACAGGACAAUCAGGAUAUGGGAUUAUACUCAGGAUUUUUGUGUCCUUGUACUGGAGGGUCAUGGUGGGCCAGUUAGAGGUUUAUUAUGGAACCCAGAAAUCCCUUACUUACUUCUAUCAGGGAGUUGGGAUUAUACAAUMAAAGUAUGGGAUAUAAGGAGUGGAUUGUGUUUUGAUACCAUCAAGGACCAUGGUGCUGAUGUUUAUGGUUUGACAUGCCACAGGCAUCGUCCAUUCACUAUAGCAUCAUGUUCAAGAGAUUCUACCCURAGAAUAUGGUCACUGGAUAAACUAGCAAGCUCUCUACAGAUAGAUGUCCUUGCACAACAACCAUGGACAGAGGUCAUUGCCCCAACUAUAGAUGAUGCACUAGUAGCUGGAGCUCCUCCACUGUUAUCAGGUAGGAUGUCACGAGACAUCAAAACGGCCAUUGACAAGACUGSAGAUGUUGGCCAUCAAAUGGCAAUUCAAAUGUUUUCCAAAUUUUUUACACCACCAUGUGGAGCAGAAAAUCUGUGGGAUUUGGUAUCYUUUCUCAAGAGUGAUGAUGAGGGCACUCUUUCUGUGUCUUAUUCUAAAGGGAUUAUGCACACCAAACACUUGGUCAAGUACAGCGCUUCUGAAGCACAGGAGUUGGAAACCAUUAAGAUGUCUCGUCUAAGCACAGGGUCRCUAAGCAGCAGUCAGGAUGAAAAAAUCAGGGAAGCAGCAAACCUUCAUGUUAAGAUUGGUGAACUACAGCGAUACUGUGAACUCAUGGUUGAGCUUGGACAGUGGGACAAAGCUCUUGCUGUUGCUCCUGGUGUAUCAAUGGACUACUGGAAACUACUCAUGGAGAGACGAGCYGAUCAACUGGUGCAUGAAGAUGACGAUAGUGCCAUUCCUUAUUGUGUUUCUACRGGAAAUACUCAACAGCUUGUGUCCUUCUUCACAUCACGUGGUCAGCUCCAUGAUGCAUUGCUAGUAGCACAAGUUGCAUGUGAAGCUGGUUUUCCUAUUCUACAAGACAAGAAUGCUAACAAGAUUCCUGACUUGAAGAAGAAUGAUGUUUUACCAAAAUUGAAACAUGAAGUUAGCCAGAAUUCGCAAUCAUUGUUACAUUCAACCAGUAAUACUCUUGCUGAUUGGUAUUACAAUAAUGGUCAAUGUGUGCAGGCAGCUUGUUGUCAUUUGUCAGUUGGGAAUAUCAAGCUAGCCUUAUCCAAACUAGUCCGUGGUAAUGAACAUGAACUAGCUGUCAGUAUUGGAAUUUUCUUGCAAGCUACAGACUCCAUUAUAUUUCAACGUGCUGUAGWAUUGCUAUCAUGGAAGUGUGAACAAAUGAAAAAAUGGGAAGCUGCACUAACUAUCCUGAAGACCAUUCCUAACAAUGACGAAUGUCUGUUGAAACUUUGUGCAAGAUGUCAGGCAACAGCUGCACAGAUCAAUGAUCUUCAUGCAAAGGCAGGUUUUCCUGGCUUAGAUGAGUGUACAGCAAUAGCAGAGGAACUAUGUGAACAGGAGAAAUUCAUUGGAGCAAUGCAAUACUAUCUACUCUCAAACACUCCUGAACUUGCCUUGGAUAUCGGGUUGAACCUUGUGAGAGAUACCAUGACUAAGCCAUACUGGGGAGUUGAUGAUGUCAUCAAGAUUGUUCAAUUAAUGUGUUGUGUAAGAAAUGACAGGUUGAUGCAGACAUCAGUUAAAAAGCAAAGACAAGAGUUAGURGCACUAAGUGCAUAUAUUGGUGCAUUACAAGCUAUGCGUAGACAGUAUACACCCAUAGUAUAUCCUCUUCUCAAGCAAGCAAGGCAUUUGCUUCAUCGAGACAAGGUAGAUUUGGCWGUMCCAUCACUUCAGGUACAAGCUGAAGCAGAAGCCUGGCUGGCAUUUAACCCACCAAACAAUUCGAGUUCAAAACCUACACCAGAACAAAAGGCAGUGUGGGACAGGUUCAGACAACGUGCAGUUCCCAAGACAGGAGACUUAGAAUGUGGAUUAGACAUUGCAACAGGAUCACUUUUGCCAUCGCACUCUGAUGUACGUCAGUGUUACUUCACAGGAAAACGAAUAAAGGGCUGCGCCUACUUGCUUGAAGAUGGUAAAUCGGCAAUUGCUUUAAACCAUGCCUUGAUGUGGGCUAAAGUCACGGCGUUCUCUCCUUUAGGGACUGGUACUCGCUUUAACCCAUUUUAAUUUCAAAAUGUAUUUUCAYUAAUAUCAUGUAUUAUAUUUGUAUAAAAUUGCAUGCAAUGCACUGUGUAGACAUGUAAAAAUAUAGGGUGUGUUUCAAUUCCUAGACAAUUUAUUAAUAACAUCAAAUCAUAUUUUUGUUAAAUUUUCUAUUUUCGAUAACAUUUUUAUAAUCAUUAUCAUAUAUUAUUUAAUAGUGUAGAAAUGUACAUUAUGUUAUCAAACUAUAUUAAAACUAUAAGAAGUGAUAAGCACAUCAAUUAAUCAUUAAUUGAUAUAAAAAAUAGUUAAUAAAUAUUUCAAUAUUGUCCACA